AUGGUUAAUUUCUGUAGCAAGAAGAGUACCUUGGGAGCCGGGCUGAGUUUGUCGGUCGCAACGAUCGGCGCAGGGACAAUCGCGUUGCCCUCGACGUUUGAAGACUGUGGAAUCAUCCCCGUUGUUGCGUUCAUGGCUCUCGUUGGGGUUUUCACUGUCAUUUCAAUUGACUACCUUAUUUUGUGUGUCGAGGUCGUGCAGCUGCGAUCGUAUGAAGACAUUUCUAAAGAAUUACUGGGUAGUUUUUUUGAGCAGGUGACCUGCUGGAUGCUCAUUGUGUUCAAUAUAGGCGUUGCGUCGGGCUACAUUGUCGUUAUUAGGGAGAUCUUUGAGCCCUUGCUGCCGAUCAUCAGGGUGUACAUUCCAUUUUUUGAUGACCCCAUGCGGAUCACAUUAGCGGUUUGGGCAUGUGUGAUGCUGCCCAUGGCAUGCGUCCCACAGGUGUCAUCCUUACGUUUUGUAUCUGUAGUGGCAAUUGCCUCAACGUUUGUUAUCUCAGGGGUUAUUACAUACCGAUACUUCGCACCACUGCAUCCGCCAGCAACAGAAAAGAGUUACCGUGUGAAGUAUAUUUCUCUAUCACGUCGCAUGGUGUUGGCUUUGCCAAUAUUGAUGUUCUCCUUUGACUGCCAAACAUUGGUGUUUCAGCUCUACGCCAGUAUUGGCGAACAGACUCGAGAAGGUAUGAGAAAAGUAUCUAUACUUGGUGUUGGGGUAACUGGGACGGUUUAUUUUACGCUGGGUCUCUUUGGUUACCUGUCAAAUACGCCGCACGUUUCUGGUAACAUAUUAGCGAACUACGAUCCUAUAAAAGACAGGUUGUUCGCGGUGGGGGAUGUCAUGUAUUCCUUUACAGUUAUCACUGCCUACGUUCUUGUUUUAUUUCCUUGUCGAGAUGCUGUAUUUAUUUUAUUGUAUGGAUACAACACCGCAACCCAUGAGUCUUACCAUGGUGCCAUACCUACUAUGGAUAAUCUGAUAGCCACUUGUUUGUUAUCUAUAAUAAGCCUAUUAUUGGCCUUGAAGGCCCCUGGUAUUCUAUUCAUUAUUGCACUAUUGGGAGGACUUUGUAGUAGUAGCUUUUGUUUUACACUUCCUGCCGCCUUUCGUCUUCGCUUGCAUGCGUUGGGUAUUGCGCCGGCUUCCUCAUGGGAACUUUUUGUUGCUUUUGUCAUGCUGAGCCUUGGUUGUAUUGGUGGCGUGAUGGGAACAGCGGUGUUGUUUACAGGAAUGAGCUAA